AUGCACCAGUCACAGAAAUUGGGACUGCCCGCUGAGGUGCUUGGCCAGGAGAGCCAGCGGAUUCAUACCCUGGGAUGGUUUUCUGGAAAUUAUGAACACAGCUGGUGGAGCUGUUGCAGUCUGCAGGAGUUGCCUUUCGACCUGGUUUUCGAGGACUUGAGACCUCAGGUUCUCCAGACUUGUUUGGAUGUGCUCGGCCGCAGUUUCCUUCGAAGUUGGCCCGGUGGGCCACAGGAAAUGGAGGAUUCCUUGCGAAGAGGCGUUGAGGAAUCUGGAUCUGGUCCAGUUGCGCAUGGUCUUCGUCACAGCCAAGCACAGGAGCUUUCAGGCCGCUUGGCUCCUCUCGUGGUCACCCAGGUCUUGGUCAACAGGAUAGCGGCAAGCGCUGUUGCGAGGCCGCGUCCUCCUUUGAUUGGAGUUACGCGGAUUCCACCACCUCCACAGGGAAGCAGGGUUGCGUCGAAGAGGGGACCUACAUGUCUGUGA